UGUUUUUGGAAAAUAUUUUUGUGACAUUCCAGGGCAUAUGAUUGGACUGAGCUUGUGUUUGUCACCCGGUGUACGUUAAAGCUAUCCGAAGUUGUGAAUGGCCCAUGGCGCAGUGGCGGCUGUGUGUGUCGCUGUGGCGUGCUUUAUCUCAGUGGGCCUGAACUUUGUCACUCAGCUGUUUUGGGUGGGCGAGAUAAGGGGGCCCUGAUAUAAUGGCCCCGCUCUCCCCUGCAUGCACAACCAUUGUACGAGCCCAGCUUGGAAACGCUCCACCAUGGAGUGGCUUUUGAUCGCCGUGGCAACCUGCCUGUUAGUCUCCUGCCCUGUCAAAGGGGACGAUUGGAGAUGGGAAUAUGAAGAAGGACUUCGGCAUUACAGUGAGGAAGCCCUCAAGAAGGAGUAUCCUGAGAAAACCAGGCCAGCAAGUUUUAAACACCCGCCUUUCUGGUGUCCUGACAUGACUCCCUCUACUUCCAUACCUACCUCAGUUGAGCUGGUUAAGGCAGCAGACAUCAAAGUCAUCGCAGCUCUUGGGGAUUCACUGACGACUGCCAUUGGGGCGAAUGCAACCACAGUCCUUGGUAUACCUAUUGAAUUUCGUCAUGUGUCAUGGAGCAUUGGUGGCUAUGGAACUUUCCAAGAUGUUAUAACACUUGCAAACAUCAUCAGACUGUUCAACCCCAGUGUAGUGGGUCCUGCUCCAACCAAAACUGUCCAUGGAACCCCAGCUCCUCUCAGUGAGACUGGUUUUAACCUCGCUGUGACAGGGCACAACACUUUUAAUCUUCCUGGACAAACCAGACAUUUGAUUGAUACCCUGAAAACAUAUGAGGGCGUUAACUUUGACGAGGACUGGAAACUGCUGACCAUUCUCAUCGGCAUGAAUGAUAUCUGCGAUUACUGCAAAGACAAGUCUCUCUUUUCAGUGGAGAACUUCGUUCACUACAUGAGCGUGUCCUUGGAGAUGCUGAUGAACGAGGUCCCUCGAAUGAUAGUGAAUGUAGUUCAGAUUUUGCCCAUGGAGACGCUGCGCGAGGUGCAAAAGCCGACCCCAGGCUGUUUGCUCCAGAGGUCUUUCUGCUCCUGCCUGGUUAAGCCAGCCACAGGGUCUGCUGAUCUUAAAGAGCUGAUUGAGGUCAACCUCCAGUUCCAGACUGCCCUGGAGCAGCUCCUCUACAGUGCCCGUUUCUUUAAGAGCGACUUUGCUGUAGUUCUUCAGCCAUUUCUGAAGUAUGCUGACCCUCCACGGCACCCUAACGGAAAGAUUGACAUGAGUUUCUUCACCCCAGACUGUUUCCACUUCACCAUGAAAGGACAUGAAGAGCUGGCUAAGGGUCUUUGGAACAAUAUGUUUCAGCCUGAAGGGGAGAAAUUUAUGGUUGAGAGUUUUUCAAACCCCAUCCAGCUCAUGUGUCCUCCUGUGGACCAUCCCUACAUCUAUACCAAACCCAACGCUGUCAAGAAUGGCCAGUCCCCUCAGCCAGGACCGCCUUCAUCAGGAGGCUCACGUUUGACCACUUUCUUUUCCCCGAUCACUGCUUUGGCUUCUGUUCUUUUUUGGUGGGCCACCAACAUGGCCUUCAUAUAGAAACUGUUGAUGAAGCUCCAGGGAACUUCUCUGCUAUAUCAUGAACCUCCAACAAUGCCUUGUUUUUUCCACCACUUUUUGACCAGACUCUCAGAAGUUAAGAGUCCAACAACAAUACAGUGUUAUAUUUACAGCCUACAAAAGGAAGAACGAGCAAAUUGUGUCACUGCAAGUGAGAGACAGUAAUGAGUCAAAUUGGCAGAACUAUAUGCAAGUUAAAGUCGGUGUACUGCUUCUUUCACUCUUGUGAAACUUAUCAAAUUGCAAUGGUAAAACAGCGCCAGCAGCAUGAGCACAUCAUGUACGCUAACCUGAUGACCCUUUCUGAUCCAUCUAUCAUCCUUCUAACCGGAUAUCCACCAUUUCAAAGCCCAAAUAGAGCAGAGGCAGGUGCAGGCCACAUUUAGCCCUGACUAAUGCUGCUCUAAUUGAUUUAGCUAGGAAAGGUAAUUGCGUGAGCCAGCUCAGGCUCGUCUGAACAAAAAUGGCCCGAGGUUAGCCCGAAAACGCAUUAUGGUUGCGAGGUCAAAGGAGUUAGCUGUUUGGAAAGAAGAGUAUUGUGGCCUUUCAGAUGGUGGUUAAAUGCAGACCAUUUGAAAGAUACCUAAUGCGCAGACUAAUGAGAUAAUCGCUUUCUGGAUGCCGAAACCUGAGACUUGCUUUUAGUCUCCUCAAAUAAAGCUUUUGGAACAAGUAUACAUGCGUGUGUGCUUUUAUGCUGCCAUUAAGAGCCAUAGCAUUCUGGGACAGGGAAAGAGCAAUGUUUAGUGUUGACUUAUUAAACUCAAGAUUGUAUUUAAAAGUAAACAAGAGCCUUUGACUGAAAUCAGGACUGAUCAUAUCAGCUAGUAUCACUGUAAUCUCACAGGUGCAGAGAUUGAUUUAUGGAAAAGCCCUUUAUAUCAGAGAGGACUGUUUCCCAUUACAAACAUGUCCAUACAGGUGUGUUCCAUAAUAAGAAAUGGGUUCAUUCAUUACUUUCCUGGCCUUUGCUAGAGCAAACAGUUGCAUGGCCAUUUGAUACAGGGCAAACACUGUGGCACUGCUUACGCUAACCCACUUUAUUGUCUCCUUGAUUAGGAUCUGUGCACGUUGUGAAAUAGGAAAUUUGAGACCGGACAAACUUAUGAACAAAUGUGUGGCUAGCGUCUUAUUACACCUGUUUAAAAUUUCAAUCUUGAUUGAUACGAAAGGACAUAAAAAGCUCUACACAAGUCUAUAGUAGGUGCCUAGCAAGUCCUGAAUCACCAAAUUGUUAUUCCCAUUAAUGCUAAUUCUGUCGUAUAUUGUUGAUGAGCCGCUCACUGUUUCCUGCCAGGUUUUUCUACUAAAUGACAUUGUCUGAUGUACUUUUGCUCCUUCGGGCUCCUUUGAGAGAAUCCAGAGAACACGUGCAACGUAAGCGACCUAAUGACCUGUCAUGGGAAAUCAGCAUGUAGAGGGAGUAAACUCUAGAGGGCACCCAAAGGACAACAGGUUAAGCACAAG